AUGAAACGUCGCUUGCUCACUUUGACAAACCCCGCUCCCACUCAGCCCUGUGCAGUCACUCACUCUGAUGCUCCAUUAACAGAGUUUCGGAAGUGUGUGGAUUUAGGGGUUUCAUCAGAAACUGGUUUGAACCGUGUCGUAAAUGAGGUAGAGACUGAUGAGGAAAGUCUGCCGCUGAACUCUGUCGAUAUUGAAACGGCGUCUCACAGUGCAAGCAAGUCUUUGUCUCAGAAAUGUGUACAGCCUGAAGCUCAUAUGCAGGUUCCUACAUUGGUCCCAUCCCAGUCAUCCACUUUCUCCAGGGACAAUAUUGAAGUUGGUGGGAAAGAAAAGGUGUAUAUCACGUCUUCAGAGGCAGUCAAUCACUUCUACUGCCAACUGGAUAGGGAUUCUCAUUUAUAUGACAAGGUCAACGAAGAUAUUGCAAAACUGUCUGGCCAGCCUCUGUGUGCAGAUCAAACCCUCAGACUCAACAGUCCUUGCCUUGCCAAGGGCCCUGACAAUAAAUGGCACAGAGGUCAAGUCACAGAAAUGUCACCAAAACUUAAAGUGCACUUUUUGGACUUUGGUGAUACUUUGAUAAUGAAUGAAUCUGACGUUCGCCCCUUACCCCCUCAAGCAAGUGUGUCCUUGACUACUCCUGCGUUGGCCAUUCCUCUUGGACUCUCUGGUAUCCCUACAAACGUACCACAGGAAGUCAACCAGUGGUUUGCAGAUCAUGCCAUUGGAGAAGAGUUUAGCAUCUUGGUGGUGGCAAUAGGGGAAAAUGGAAAGUUGAUUGUUGAGCUCUUUGAAGAAUCUGUAAAUGAUAUGAUCAGAAAGAAGAUCGCACAAACGAAACCAACCAGGAUCUCUACUUACAGUAAUCAAACUGACCUGCAACAUGACAGCUCCAAACUGAUGACUAAACCAAAUGAGGUCCCUACAAAAACGACUCCAAGAAAACUCAGUGGACUUAAUACAGAGUGUUCUCCUGAAAGCGGACAGAUGAAUUCAAAAUCCGUCUCUGUUUGCAGUAAUGUGAGCAUGUGCACAUACACAAGGCCAAAUAUGGAUCAAAAGAAAAUCGCAGACGCUUACGCAACCUGCAUUGAUGGACCAAAUUACUUCUGGUGUCAGACAAACACUGAAGAUUUGCUCACAGUGUCGGUGCAUGCAGAAAUGGCUGAGAUUGCACAACAAGAUGUUUCUCUUGGGACACUGAAGCCUGGAAGUCCAUGCCUUGCUCUUUCCUCCAGCGACAACCAGUGGUACAGAGCGCAAGUAAUCCAGACAACAGACCACACGCUCAAGGUUCUAUUUGUUGACUAUGGAAAUGAGUCGAAUGUGGACAUUGGAAAUGCAAGACCUCUUCCAGAGAGUCUACUGAAGGCUGCUCCUCAGGCGUUUUUGUGCUCUUUGAAUGGUUUUGACGAGUCCACAGGCUCCUGGAAUGAUGAAGCUUAUGAUGACUUCUAUAAUCUCUUGGUUGAUAAACCACUUCAAGUCGCAGUCGUCUGUAGUGGAACCAACUCAGAGUUGGCAGUUCCUCAGUAUGCAGUACAAAUCGAGUGUGACGGCACUGACAUCAAUGCUUUGAUGCAGAAAUACUGGAGAUCAUCUUUGAAAGAGCAUGCCAACGAUGCAGUGGCUCAAACUGAAACUUCACUGCAUGACAGUCAAACUGAGGGCAACAUCCCUCAAACUGUUUCCAAAGAAAAUCAUUACACCAGUAUGAUGAGCAGAAAACCCGAAGAGUCAGAAAAACUUACCCUAACAGUGUUUGCCUCUUGUAUUUCAGAACCACACUUCUUCUGGUGUCAGUAUUCUAACUCUGAGAAUCUCAACAAAUUAUCGGAGCUUGCUCAGGAGGCAGGUCGGGCCCAGCAGGACACAGAAUUUCCCGAGACUCUCGGUCCUGGCAGUCCGUGCCUCGCUCUGUUUUCCAGUGACAACAGAUGGUACCGAGCUCAGGUCACUCAGAGAGUCGGUGAUGUUUUCCAUGUUGUGUUCAUCGACUAUGGAAAUGAGGCUGAGGUUGAGAAAAAAAAUGUGAGAGCAGUGCCUGAGAGUCUGCUCGACAUUUCUCCCCAGGCCCUCUUAUGUUGUUUGAGUGGUUUCAACAAAUCUGAGGGCUCAUGGAGUGAUGAAGUUUAUGAAGACUUCUACAGUCUCCUGGUUGAUAAACCACUCAAAAUAACCCUGUUGAGUGUGGCAAAGCAGUCAGAAAACAGUUUCCCUCAACAUUCUGUGGAAGUUGAUUGUGAAGGAGUUCUCGUGAACGCAGCAUUGCAGAAGUACUGGAAACCAGCAGAAGAACAAAGUUUGUCAAAAGAAAAGCUUCCCGCAGAAGAUCUACUCCAGGGCAGUCAAACUCAGUCCAAGGCAACCCAGGAAUGUGUUUCCAAAGAAAAUGUGAACACUGGGAUUUACAAAGAGCCCAGGAUUUCCAGAAAUAUGGCAGUAUAUGCAUCUUGCAUUUCAGAGCCACACUUCUUCUGGUGUCAGCAUACCAACACAGAAGAUCUAAACAAAGUGACCGAGCUUGCUCAGGAGGCAGGACAGGCACAGCAGGACACAAGAUUUCCCGAGACUCUCGGUCCUGGCAGUCCGUGCCUCGCUCUGUUUUCCAGUGACAACAGAUGGUAUCGAGCUCAAGUCAUUCAGAGAGUGGAGGGGGUUUUCCAUGUUGUGUUCAUCGACUAUGGAAAUGAGGUGGAAGUUGGCAUAAACAGUGUGAGAUCUGUGCCUCAGACUUUGCUGGAGAUUGCUCCGUUGGCCUUUCUUUGCGGUCUGAAUGGAUUUGAGAAGUCGAAGGGCUCCUGGGCAGAUGAGGUUUAUGACGAUUUCUACAGUCUUCUUGUGGAUAAAACACUCGGAGUGACCGUGCACACCAUGGAGCAUAAUUCAGAGGCCUCCGUUCCCCAGUACUCUGUUGAUGUUGAGUGUGAAGGAGUGGCUGUGAAUACACUGAUGAGUAAAUACUGGAAAGAACUGGACACCAAAGAAACAUGGAUGGAAAAUCUGAAACCAGCUUCGGAGAACCAGAACAAAACUGGGACUAUGGAGCGCGUUGGAGUUUGAAGUCGCGAAACUGUUCAAUAAAUGAUGAAGGGUGGUGGAGGAGCGAAGUGGCAACAGACUGUGAAUUCGAUGAGCUCAACCCACAUUUGUUCUGAUGGGAACUUUACAAAGAGCUGUCAAAAGUUUCAGUAUAAA